AUGUCAAGUUCUGUGACGGAAAAGCAAGAAUCAGAACUGAAACUGAAAUCAUUUGCUUCUCCAUACGCUCUUCAACCAGAAUUAUAUUUGCUUCCUGUAAUGGACCACUUAGGAAAUGUUUAUUCAGAGCCAUCAACAGUUACUUUAGAGGAGCAACAGAUUAAUAAUGAUAUUGCUGAGGUUGAUGAAACAAUCCACCAACCAGUUAAUGUAAUUUUGUCAAUGGAUGAACCUGGAAGAGAUCCCAAUUUCUUCGUAAACACUUUAAAAGACCUUAACGAUUAUCCAGAAGAAGACAGCUGUGUUUCAGAAGAUGCUGUUGGAAAAACAUCUCUGAAGACAGUUUCCCAAUCCUCAGCUGAAGAAAAAGUCACUGUAAAAGAAAAUCAGACUGCAAAAAAUCACAUUGGAAAGUUUGAAGUACCAGGCUCUUUGGAAGAGUCAAGUGAUUACUGUAGCAACGAACAAAGUCAGUUACUUUGGAAAAACGAAGAUGAUAUAACUAUUGAUAGACAACAGAUCAAUCAGCUAGAUGAAAAAGAGCACAACAUCCUACCAGAUCUCAUUGACUUUCCUUCAUUUCCUUUUCAACCUGUUCUUUCGUCAGGAAUAUCUGAUAGUUCUUUAUUACAAAUGGAGAGACAGAAGAUUAUUGAACAAAUGAAACAAGUAAGGGAAGAAAGAAAAUAUCUGGAAAAUGUUAGAGAAGAACUAAAUAAAAAAGUUGAAAAGCUAUUUGAACAAAGCAAAUUGAAACGAUACCAAGCCUGUGAUAAUUGGAAGAAAAAAUACUUGGAAACAAAGAAAGUCACAUCAUCAUUAGAAGAGGUUUUAACAAAACUUCGAGAAGAUUUGGAACUUUACUAUAAAAAAUUGCUCAUGCAACUUGAAGCCAGGGAGAUCAAGAUGAGACCAAAGAAUUUGGCAAACAUCUCAGACUCUAAGAAUAAUCUUAUAAUCCAGAUCACUGAGGUACAGCAUGCAAUUGACCAACUUAAGAGAAAAUUGGAUACUGAUAAAAUGAAACUCAUAAUAGAAGUUAAGAUGAGAAAACAAGCAAUUUCUGACUUAAGAACAUUGAAAACCGAACUGGCCCAGAAGAAAAUUAGUCCAGCUUUUCACUCUCAAUUAGGUAUGUUCAUUUAG